AUGUCAACAGAAGAAACAAAAAAAGAACAAGCCCUUCAAAAUUACAGAGAUCGUUUAAUUGAACAUAAAAAUGCAGAACUCAGAUUAAAUAAAGCUCAUGAAUUAAUCAAAAAAUUAAAGAAGGAUUUCCAAAAGACAGAAGAUCAUAUAAAAACUAUUCAAUAUAUUGGUGAAAUAAUUGGUGAAGUUUUAAGAUCAUUAGAUGAAGAAAGAUUUAUUGUUAAAGCUUGUAAUGGUCCAAGAUAUGUUGUUAGAUGUGCCAAUUAUCAAGAUAAAGCACAUUUAUUAGUACCAGGUGCAAGAGUCACAUUAGAUUUAACAACAUUAACAAUUUUAAAGAUUUUACCACGUGAAGUCGAUCCAAUUAUUUUCAAUAUGACAGCUGAAUCACCAGGUAAUGUAUCAUAUGGUGAAAUUGGUGGUUUAUCAGAUCAAAUUAGAGAAUUAAGAGAAGUUAUAGAGUUACCAUUAAUGAUUCCAGAAUUGUUUGUACGUGUUGGUAUUAAACCACCAAAAGGUGUUUUAUUAUAUGGUCCACCAGGUACAGGUAAAACAUUAUUAGCAAGAGCAAUCGCAUCAAAUUUAGAAGCUAAUUUCCUUAAAGUUGUAUCAUCAGCCAUUGUCGAUAAAUAUAUUGGUGAAAGUGCUCGUGUCAUUCGUGAAAUGUUUGGAUAUGCACGUGAUCAUCAACCAUGUGUUAUUUUUAUGGAUGAAAUUGAUGCUAUUGGUGGUCGUCGUUUCUCUGAAGGUACAUCUGCCGAUCGUGAAAUUCAAAGAACCCUUAUGGAAUUAUUAAAUCAAAUGGAUGGUUUCGACACUCUCCAAAAAGUUAAAAUUAUUAUGGCUACAAAUCGUCCAGAUGUUUUAGAUCCAGCCCUUCUCCGUCCAGGUCGUUUAGAUCGUAAAAUCGAAAUCCCUCUUCCAAACGAAGCCGGUCGUGUUGAUGUCCUUAAAAUCCAUGCCUCAUCCAUCACUAAACAUGGUGAUAUAGAUUACGAUGCUUUAUCAAAAUUAUGUGACAGUUUCAACGCCGCUGAUUUACGUAAUGUUUGUACUGAAGCCGGUAUGUUUGCAAUUAGAGCCGAAAGAGAUUAUGUAAUUGAAGAAGACUUUUAUAAAGCUUGUCGUAAAGUUAUGGAUAGUAAAAAACUUGAAAGCAAACUUGACUAUCAAAAAGUUUAAAAUAAAGAUAAUAGUAAAUAACAAUAAUAAUAAUAAUAAUAAUAAUAAUAUUUAUUUCAUCAACAUAUUUUAUAUUUUUUAAAAACAAACACCCAGACAAAU